GGCGAUACAUUUAUGAACGCAAAGAACAGCACGCCAUGUUGCAUCCGAGGCAUGUAACUGUGUGUAACUGGAUGUUUCAUCAAAAACAUGGCUGAAUUAUCGUUCCGUUGUUCAGUGAAAUUUUGUGUACAGUAAGAGGACGAUCCGACGUUAGACACAUGUGAGUUGAGGUCAUUAUGACUUCGAUUCAUCUCAUCGUACAUCCUUUGCCAGGAACUGAUGACCAACUCAAUGAUAGAUUGAGGGAAAUAGCGGAUAAAAUAAAUAGAUAUGGAUUUGUAACGCCAUCAGCUUUUAAUUCUUUAAAAGCGUCGAUAAAGCGCAUAGUAGUUGGACCAACCCAUAUUGCUCUUCUUACGGAUGACAAUAGAGUAGCUAGAGUUGCAUUUACAGUGCUACCGGAUAGAUUGGAUUUGAGUAAAAAUGAACCUAAUAGAAAAAAAUAUCUGUCUCAUUAUAGUACAAGUAAAAAUCAUGUUGGAAACUCUAAUUCUGCACCAAAUGGAAAUGGAAGUAGCAGUAGCGGUAGUAGAACAGGGAUGUCACGUUCACGUGCGCGAAUCAUGCGUAACAGCUCCGCAAUACGCGGAGGCAGCAGCGGCGGAGGAAGCAGUGGUGGUCGUAUAGGACCACCUGGAGUUAUUAUGGGUGGUGGAAGUGGCAAUAGUUCUCGUCCUAUCGCAUCUGUGCCGGCACCAUUUGUGCCAGAAGAUCUAAUAUCUCAAGCACAAGUUGUAUUGCAAGGAAAAAGUCGUAAUCUUAUUAUCAGAGAAUUACAGCGUACAAAUCUAGAUGUAAACUUAGCGGUAAACAAUCUUUUGUCACGAGAGGAUGAGGAAGGCGAUGAUGCAGAGGAUGCAGCGGAUAGUUAUGUUCCUGAGGAUCUUAUCUCUUUAUUAGAUGGCGGUUUUAGUAAUGAGCACUCGGUUAUAAUUGAUGCUGACUCUAUGUUCUCUGAAGAUGUAUUUGGAUACACUGGGAUAAGGCAUCGCGGAAGUUCUUCGCGCCGCUUAGGUAACGACAGAGAAAGCGAGCGUUCAUCUCAUGAAAGAGAUCGAGAUCGUGAUAGUUUUAGUAGAUGGCGAGAUCGUCAAUAUUAUGGACCGCGACGUUGGCUGGAAACUGCCCUUAAAGACUCAUGGGAAAAGGAUUCAGAUAACAAGAAAAAAGAAAUGGCCUCGCAGAGUCCGCUAUGGAUAUCCGAAGAAUUAGAAUGGUGGCACGAUCGCAGUAGUGAUUCAGUACCUCGCUUUGUACAAAUUGCAUCGCUGUACAGUGAACUAAUUGCCAUUUCCGCAUCAGGACAGUUAUACCAAUGGAAAUGGACGGAACCAGAACCAUAUAAAAAUACAGAAAAUCCGAAUGUACAUCAUCCAAAAACCAUUCCUUUGGCAUUGUUGAUGGAAAAGAUAAUCAAUAUAUCUGCUACGGCAAUUCGAUGUUCCGUUAGCACAGAAAGUGGAAAGGUAGCGACUUGGCUUGAUGAACUUUUAGGACAUGUUGCUUCCCGCCUUGAACAUCCAGCGCAAGCUUUCACCGAAUUUACAUUGGAUAAAAUUGUAUCACUUCAUACGUGUGCUUUAUACACUGUUGCAAGACUCGAAAGUGGAACAUUAUAUUGGUGGGGUGUUUUACCGUUUGCACAACGUAAGAAAUUAUGGGAAAAAUAUAAAGCUAAAUCACGCAAGCAUAGGCCGUCUACUGUAUUAUCAAGUGACAUUAGUUACGGAACACAUGUCUGUAUGAAAAAUAGUCCGGUUUAUCAACCGGGAGCUAUCGGAUUUACGAUAGCUAACGGUGUACCGAAAGUGGGACAAUUGUUAUCAGCAGCGUGGAAUGUGGAUGCCACUUGCAGAUUCAAAAUAUUGCCCGCUGGUCUGCAUGUGUCUAAUGCAAACGCUGAUAAGCGUGAAUCUAACGGAAAUGGAAAUACAGGAGUUGUAAACAAACCGAAUCACAAGGAAACGGCUGACAGACUUGACAUGCCCCCUCCGCCAUCUCCAGCUUCGAGUACUUGUAGCGAUACUGGCAGUAUUACAACAAGUCAUAAACGGCAGAAACGUAUGGCACCUCGAAGUGAAGGGGGGGAAUCCGAUAGAAAGGACGAAGAAGAUUGGCAAUUAAAAGACGUUGUUUUUGUUGAGGAUGUGAAAACUGUACCUAUUGGGAAAGUUAUAAAAGUUGAUGGUUGCUACGUCGCAGUCAAGUUUUUUUCAAAGGAUUCAAAAGAAAAGGAAAAGGAAAUUAAAGAGAAAGAUUUUAGUACGUCAGAUUUUAAAGAUCUUACAACAGAAGAGCCAAUGAAAUUAUUAGCGGAUUGUAGACUUUUACGUAAAGAUGAGCUACAGGUAAUUAAAUCAUCAUUGAAUCCACGAGCUCCGGACUGUUUUCAAAGAACGCCUAGAAGGGUCAAUAUAGUGGAAGGUUCAAAUGAUAGUCUUUUAACUAUAUCUACUGACGGACAAGGUAUUCAUGCUAUAUUGAAAAGUGGAAGUAAAUUAAGUUAUGUUGUAUACAAUCUAAGUACAGGAAGAUAUGUUCAAGAUUGUUAUAUUCCAUCUGAUAUUUCAUCAUUUUUGGGGUUGCAACCUCAAAAUAUCAAUCUUACAAGCGCAGGAGAGAAUAUUGAGUGUUCUAUGAUUUUACGAGAUGGUAAUAAUACCAUUUAUCCAAUCGCGAAAGAUUGUGCCGAUGCUAUACGCGAUCCAAACUGGUUGGAUCUGGCCCCGGUAAAUUGUAUUGGCGCAGCAACUAUUCCUAUUCCCAGUUGUUCCAAUUCGACCAAUUUAAAGAAUCAAGUUGCAGUUAUUGCAUUAGCAUUCGACAACCUUUUGCUCAUGCCGCGUAUAUUGCGAUGUGAUUAUGAGAGUGUGAAACAAGUAUUUUGUAAUUUAGAGCAAGAUCUAAAGAACAAUUUGACGUAUGCAAGUGCAAGUUCACAAAUUCAAAUGAUAUUGAAGGAACGCUGCGAUGGCAACCGAAAUAUACUUCAUGCUUGUGUCAACAUGUGUUCACCAACUUCUAACAAAGAAACUGAACAAGUUAUCGAACGUGAGUUAGUGUCAAAUACAGUAGAUGGGACUUCCGCACCUAUUGAAGAGCCAAUCCCGACAUUAAGUUGGCCACCAGAAGCAUUUGAUAAUACAUCUGGAGAGGAGGAUAGUUUAUUAAGUAUAGGUGCUGCUAGUAUAUCAAUGAUGAAUAAGUCUGGUGUUGGAGCUACAUCUAAUAAUACAUACAUUAUAGAUUCCGUUGAAAGACGACAUAAUGCAUUGCUUAUAUUGAAAUACAUGUGCGAAAAUAAUAUCUUGUCGCCCCACUUAAGAGAAUUACUAACGGCAAAGGAUGCUCAAGGGCAAACGCCGCUUAUGCUCGCUGUAUCCGUUCGUGCAUAUCAUGCAGCUCUUAUUUUAUUGGAUAAUAUACACAGAGUUGGCAAAGAUUCUAAAGACAUUUCAGCCAUGAUAUUGCCAGCUGAUGCCAGUCCAGAUCUAUCUCCAUUGUUUGUUACUUGUUGCAACGAUACAUGUAGUUUUACAUGGACUGGAGCAGAGCAUAUUAAUCAGGAUAUUUUCGAAUGCAGAACAUGCGGUUUAACGGGAUCUUUGUGUUGCUGCACUGAAUGCGCUCGUGUCUGUCACAGAGGUCAUGAUUGCAAGCUCAAAAGAACCUCGCCCACAGCAUAUUGUGAUUGUUGGGAAAAGUGUAAGUGUCGUGCGCUCAUUGCCGGUCAUCAAGGCGCGAGAUACGACUUGCUUUGUCGUCUUGUAAUUAGCACCGAUCUGGCUACGAAAAUCAAUUCACGAGGUGAAAGCAUCUUGUUGUUCUUGGUGCAAACAGUUGGAAGGCAAUUAGUCGAACAGCGUCAAUUUAGAUCAGCACCUAGACAACGAUCAACUUCGGCUAGUCGUAAAGCGCCUACUUCGGAUGUUCUUGUCACAGGUUUGGGUGCGGAUUCGGACAUGCCAGAUCAUGAUUUGGAGCCUCCCCGGUUCAGUCGAAAGGCGCUCGAAAGAUUGUUGAAUGAUUGGCCAGCUGUUCAAUGUAUGAUCAUGUCAGGUGUUUCUGAGAAUGGUAUCGAUCAGUUAUUCGGUAAUCAAGGACAGUUAUGUCGGCAAAGUGGCACUGCGUUAUUGGAUAAAUUUACGCAUUCCUUGCUAGUUAAAUGUAGCGCCGAAAUGCUCGAUACGUUGCUCACCACAUUGAUUAGAGAAUUGCAAAACGCGUCUGUGCCUGGACGACAAGAAGAAGCAAAUAAUGUAGCACGUCGCUUCGUAAGAUCCGUCGCGCGCAUAUUUGUCAUCUUUACUAUAGAAAUGGCACCAAACACGACAAAAAGGCGAAGCACGAGUCAAGCCUCGCAGCCUUUAAUGAAGUGUCGAAAGGUUUUCCAAGCACUAAUCAAAUUAGCUGUAGAAGAAUUGUGUGAGACAGCGGAUUCAUUAAUCGCACCAGUCAGAUUGGGCGUAGCACGUCCAACCGCGCCGUUCACGUUAACGAGUUCUGCCAUCGAAGUGAUCAACGGAUCCGAGGAAUUAUUCUCUAUAGAGCCUUUGAUACCUCACAGUGGCGUCAGUUCGCAGACGCUGGACGCAGCGCUACAAACGCAACAAGGAAACAAUAAUAUAACUAUAUCGAGGGGUGACGUUUCUGCAGUAGACGAAGCAGAAGGUGGAGAAGUAGAAGUUCCCAUGGACAUGGAUGGCGAUAUGAGUGAACACGAGGAAUCAGGGGUUUCCGGAACUGCUACCAGUCAGCCACUCGGCGAGAUCGAUUCGAACGCCGGUGGUGUCGGCGAGGAGCAAGCGGGAGACGGCGAAUCGGACACGGAAUUGGACCUCUUGGCGGAAGCAGAGACUGAAUCCGAUUCAGAUGACAAUCACAGUAAUCAAGAUGCGGCGUCGGCGCAACGUAGCGUCCAAACAGGCGCUACUGCGGGUUCCGACGGUGGAAUGGGAUCGAUAUUACUGUUUCCCGAGGAUGAGUCGGGAGAAUCGAGCCAACAGGAAGACGACGAGAGCGAAGCGGGGGAAACAGAUGAGCAAGACAAUGAGGAAUUCCAAAUCGGUGAUGAACAAUUAGAGCGUAGAAGUGGGUCCUCCGGACAUCUGCAUCGUAACAACCUUGCACCUGUGUACAUGCAGUGGGCGAUACGCAAUCGCGAAUCGAAUACACGCACCGCAGGAUUGCGUGUGACGGGCGGAAGCAACCUGGUGUUUAUCGACCCCGCAUCUUUGAGACGCACCACUGCCACGUCGGCCGUCGCGACCGCGCAGGAGCCCAUAACCAUGGGUACCACCGCCAGUUGCCUGGCACGAGCCUUCGGAAUCGUCAUUCGACAGAUCGCCGAUCUGUUGGUCAUGAUGCAAGAUUAUAAGAAUUUAGCACCUGCCUUACCGCGCUUGAUGGAAAUCACUUUUCAAGACGCUCUAAGUUUGCAGUCGUAUUUGGAAGCACACCUGAAGCCUACGUGGGAUUGGUUGCUCACGGUGAUGGACGCUACAGAAGCGCAGCUAAGAUUCGGAGUAUCUCUGACGCGUAGCGCAGACCCGACCCACCCUGAACAUCCUCUCAAUAACGCUCCAUCUCUGUCGGGCGGUAAUUUUAGUGGUCUGCUAAACACAGCCGCCCUUUCGCUGACUCUGCAAGGAAAUACAGGUCGGAAUCCUCGCAGUGGUAUUGCUACGAGCUCGAAUAUCUCCACUCCUCAAGCUUCAACACGACUCACCGUUGGUUUUGCAGGCGUUGGCGAGCCUCCGAGAAGCAGCAGAGAGCGCGAAGGUGGCGAUGCACACUCGGCGAGACGUGAAUUCUUAUCAUAUUGUCUAUCUUUAAUGCGUGCCCACAAUAGCGAGCACAGAGAUAGUUUGCCAGUUUUGGACGUUUCUGCUUUAAGACAUGUUGCUUACGUAUUCGAUGCACUUGUUUAUUAUAUGCGUUCUCUUUCGGAACCACUCGCUUCCAGAAGCGAGGCUCAAAAGGAGUCGUCCAGUUAUUCUAGUUGGAACGACCAGGAUGAGAAUGACAAUGAUGAAAGUGAGGAAUAUAACUCGCCAGUACCAACUGCCAUGGAAACUGAUUCCGUAGAUUAUCCAGAUUUACUUCAAGUACCUAUAUGUGGAUCUGGAAAUCACAGUAGUUCGACGCCGAAAGGGAGAAAACAUCCUUUCUUGCAGAGAUCAGAUUCUACCUUAUGCCUCGGUUGCCCGCCUCUAGAUCCGUUUGAUACCGUAAUGAGUGAAGCGUUGCCGUUAGCUGAUCAGCCACAUUUAUUACAGCCACACUCGAGACGUGAAGAUCUAUUUGGUAUUCCGAGACAACCAACUUGUUCUAAUGCAGGUGGAUGCAGUAGUCACAACCCUUUGGAAGGUUUGCCAACGAGAUUAGGUCUCUCUGCGCGCGGUAUGGACGGUCAAAAUAAUUCGACGACUCCGACGUUCAGUCAAGUUGUGCAAGGACCAUUUUCUAAUUCUAACUUAGAAUCGAGAAGAAAUUCCAUGUCUGCUGGGGACCUUAAUUCGAGUUCUGUCAAAUACGCGGAGAAAUUAAAAUCAUCUAAUCAUGCUAACGAAGGGCACUCAUCUCUCGUAACUGAACAAGUCAUCGACAGAGCACCGAUUAUAGUGUCUACAAAUAAUCAAAGUGAUGCAGCAACGAGCACCAAAGGCAAAGACAUAUGCAAAAAUAAUAGAAGCGUUAUAGUUAGAGCUGGCACGAUGUCGGAGUCAAACACGAAUAAAGUUGGGGCUCCUGAGAUAUUGGUAGUUCCAACCGUCGAAAGCCAAAACAUGGCCGAGGAAGUUGAUCCGGCUGCCACGAGCCACGAGAUAUCUGCUCACGAAACUGUUGAAACGAGCCCGGUAGAAUCCGCCAGAACGGUAUCGUCGAUCGGAACGAAUAUCUCUCAUAAUAUUUUGCUAGGACGAUGGCGAUUAUCGUUGGACUUGUUUGGACGGGUUUUUAUGGAAGAUGUAGGUUUAGAAGCUGGAUCCGUGGUGUCUGAAUUAGGAGGAUUUCCUGUGAAGGAAGCUAAAUUUCGCAGAGAUAUGGAAAAACUUAGAAAUUCGCAACAAAAAGAUAUCACUAUAAAGGUGGAACGAGACAGAACACAGUUAUUAGUGCAGACGAUGAAAGAGUUAAAUACGCAGUAUAAUAUAUAUAAUAGAAGAGCGUCGAAUACUCCACCUCUGGCAGUGAAUCGAGUCAAAGUCUUUUUCAAGGACGAACCUGGCGAAGGAGCUGGCGUUACGCGAAGCUUUUACACCGCAAUCGCCGAAGCAUUGCUCGCAAAUGAAAAACUCCCGAAUCUCGAAGCGGCACAAGUGGGGUCGAAGUAUACGCAGUACAAUGUUUUGCAGAAAUUGAAAAGCAGAGACCGUGACCGUGAUCUUAGACGACAAAAUACACGUUCUUCUGGAAAAUGUCGCGAGACCCGUCGCGCUUUAUCCUUCGACGCCCGUUCCUUUCAUCCAUCGAAUGCGAUCGAGGGGAAUAAUAGCUCGACACCUGGUAGCUCGUCCAGCACUCAUCCCUUGCCGAUUAACCAUCCGAAUAACGAUCAUUUAACCAUGCAUCAGCAACAACUUGGCGACAGAUUGUAUCCCAAGGUACAUGCUUUACGACCAGCGUUGGCUGAAAAAAUAACUGGUAUGUUGCUGGAACUGUCGCCAGCUCAGUUGCUGAUGUUGCUGGCUUCGGAAGAUGCUCUCCGACAGAAGGUUGACGAAGCAUUCGAAUUGAUUCACAGUCACACUCAAGAUUUGACCAGCGAAAUGCUCGAUCUCGAUGUAUUUAGCUUAACCGAACGAUGCGCAGCAAGUAAGAAGAAAAUGGAAAACAGCAUUCUGGACGAUACGGAGGACAAUGCUCCGCUCUUCUAUUCCCCUGGCAAACGCGGCUUUUAUACGCCGAGACAAGGCAGAGGCAGCUACGAACGAAUGAAUGCAUUCAGGAACGUAGGCAGACUUAUAGGGCUGUGCCUCUUACAAAACGAGCUUUGUCCUCUAUUUUUAAACCGUCACGUCAUAAAAUACAUCUUAGGAAGGCCUAUACGUUUCCAUGAUCUUGCAUUUUUCGAUUCCGUCAUUUACGAGAGCUUGCGACAAUUGGUUAUCGAUGCUGAAACGAAAGACAGUAACAGCUUGUUUUCUGCAUUGGAUCUUACAUUCAGUAUCGAUUUGUGUCCCGAGGAAGGAGGUGGUUCUAUUGAACUUGUACCUAACGGCCGCGACAUGGAAGUGACUGCAAGCAAUGUGUAUGAUUAUGUACGGAAGUAUGCAGAAGUCCGUAUGAUCAAAGUGCAAGAGAAAGCUUUGCAUUCUAUGCGUGAGGGAGUUUUUGACGUCCUUCCCGAAGGGGCGCUCGAUGGUUUAACAUCGGAAGAUUUGAGACUCCUUCUGAACGGAGUCGGCGACAUCAAUGUGUCGGUCUUAAUAUCAUAUACAUCAUUUAACGACGAGUCCGGCGAAUCGACGGAGAGAUUAGUUAAAUUUAAACGUUGGUUAUGGUCCAUCGUUGAAAAGAUGUCACACGUGGAGAGGCAGGACUUGGUAUACUUCUGGACCGGCUCUCCCGCGCUACCGGCAAGCGAGGAUGGUUUCCAACCGAUGCCGACCGUGACAAUUCGACCGGCGGAUGACGCACAUCUACCAACCGCGAACACAUGUAUCUCCCGACUAUACGUUCCACUGUACAGCUCCCGUCAUGUCUUGCGACACAAGCUACUUCUCGCUAUUAAAUCAAAGAACUUUGGGUUUGUAUGAACUUAAUUCUGUGACUGUGCUUGUACGCAUACAAGGCUAAGUCACAUUAUUGAUGAUACAAAACCCGGAGUUGUACGUUGUUAUUUUUUUUUCUCCUUUAGAAACAAUUUUUAACAUUUAUAAAUUUAUAAGGUGUAAUUUACGGAUUAUGAUUUUUUGUUCCUAAAAAAAAUUUGCAUCUUCGUAAAGCUUUACGUUA